AACGUCAGUUGAGAAACAAAUGGCGGAUCGAUUGUAAGCGUAGCGGAAGAAGUGCGUGUCGAAUUUUCCCAUAAUUUACGGGCAGUGCAAAAAUUAAGCUAUACACAUUGUGCUAAAUAGUCUAAAAUAUAUUCACAAUCAUAUAUAAUUAAGUGAGUAUCACAAUAGCGGCGCUAAUUUGUGUAUUUCUAGCAAAGCAAAUGCAGCAGCGAGCUGUGAAAAUUUUCGCAAAAUGUGUGCAUAUCGGUGAAAAAAGUGUACAAGUGUGUGUGAAAAAAUUGCAUAAAAUAUAAAUUGGAAACGAGAAAUAUAUGUGAAAGAUAGACAACGAACAAUUGUGUGUAAUAGAAUUUAUGCAAAUAGCGUUUGAGAUUUUUGUAGCCAAGUGGGGGGUCUGCAGUGCAGUGGUUUCUUAGAUAUAUGAAGAAUUCUGGAAAAUACGCUAGCAAACAUGAAAUUAGCUUAAAUAUUAUUUAAAAGAAUAGUAUUAUUAUUACAAAAGCUAGAACGGUUUUACAAUAGCAUUAUUGCUGCUGUGACUAGGCUGGCAGUCACAAUUCGCCUCGGCAAACAAAUUAUAAAUUUGUGUAAUAACUGCUGCAACUAAAUAAACAAAAAUUAUAAAUUUACGCUACAAAAUUUGUAAAUUUUAGCGUUUCAUAGAUUUUAGUGUUUAAAUACAUACGGAAAGCCAAAAAUUAUAAUUUGUUCUUGCUUGCCUAUCACCACUUCUGUCAUAACUCGAGCUGUAUUUGCAGCGUACGCUUUGUGCUGCGUCUUCUUCUUCUCUUGUUCAUUCAUGAUUCUUGACGUCUGCUUUCAUACAAAUUCGUAGUUGUUUUGCUUACUUUUCUCCUUGGCAUUCGCCAAUUGGAUUUUUCAAUGCUGUUCAGUCGGUUGUCGUAUAUUUUUCGCUAAACGUUUGCGGAAAAUCUCGAGAUUUGGAAAUUUGAUUUUUCAAUUUCAAUUAUAUUGCGAUAAUUUGUUACAUUGCCAAUGCUGUGAAUUAACAAUUAUAAAAUUUAUAAAAAAUUGUUUGUGUAAUAAAUUGCAUAUCGUGUUUUAGUCUCUUGAAUAUAUUUGUAAAUUGCAAGCAGUCAUUGUUUAAGCCACAAAUAUUGUAAAUUAAAUUAAAUUGUAAAUUUCAACUUUAGGCUUCCAGUUUUUAGUAGUUCUGCGUGUUAAAUAAUAGUUAUUGUGCUUAGUUUUGAAAAUAUACAAAAUAUAUUAAUAAAAGUGCAUAAAAAGCUGUUAAUAUACACGGCUGUUGGUGUCAAACGCUUUUAAAACACAACAAAAAAGCAGCAGCUGCGUAAACAUUUAAGUGUGGUAUACAAAGGUGCGGCUCACUUGUAAUCUUUACAAAGAAAAGCCUGUAGACAGCCUGCUGCAACUAGCUACGUCUCCAAGCAACAGCAUUACAUCAACUGCUGCAUUCAACUCUAAAAAGGUAGUCAACUGUGGGUCUCACAGACACAUGUUACAUAGUACCACAACAUAGCGGAUAUGUUGUGGAACUUUGAAUAUCGACAAGGAAUUGUAAUGUUGAAACUACAACAAAAACGUUUGUUUUGAAGCAAAUAGACAAAGCGUAAACAAAAGCAGCAUGUGGCUACCAACUUAAGUGCAGAGAAGUGUUAAACAAAUCAAAAAUAAAAACAACAAACAAAAAUAAAAGUAAAAACAACAUAUAAAUAAGAACCAAAACCAACAAGAAACCCACCACUAAACCAAAACAAAAAAACAAUCAACUAAUCCGCAAAGGAAGAACGUAACAAAAGUUUUCCAGCCCUUCUGUGUCUCUGCUUCCCAAGCUUAGCUAGUGUUUUACAAGACUUUUUACUCAAAACCUCAACAUUAUUUAGUGUUAAUUUUAAAAAAAUUUUAAUUUCUCAUUCGCAAAAACCUCUCAAACAAACAUUUUAACGACACAAGUGCGCGUGUUCUUCGUUUUUAACCACAAUUUUUGGUUGUGUGCGCCGCCGAUGUAAUUUCUCCACGCCGCAGUCGCAGCUAAUCUAGCAAGUGUUUCAUUCGGUUUUUUCGGCCAUACAGCGUUAUCCCGGUUUGUGCGUCGAUUGGUUAAAACUGUAUGACAUUACUUGGGCCUAGCGCCCCUGGUAUGGCCUUUAUGAUGAAAAAGAAAAAGUAUAAGUUCAAUGUUGAGGUACAAUUACAAGAGCUCUCCGAGGUGGCGCUUGUGAAUGAGGUGCUGUUCGCGAAGAUACGUCUACUGGAUGGUGGUUCGUUUCAGGAGUACAGCAGCAGAGAGGAGGUGCGCGAUCAUCGUGUAGUAUGGAAUCGCAACUUCGAAUUUCCCUGCAAAAUGUCCGCCAACGCAUCCACCGGCGUAUUGGAUCCCUGCUAUUUACGCAUCUCCAUACGCAAGGAGAUGAAGGGUGGACGUAGUUAUUUUAAGUUAGGUUUUAUCGAUAUAAAUCUUGCCGAAUUCGCCGGCGCCGGCCUGACGUCGCGACGCUUUCUGCUCGAGGGUUAUGAUUCGCGUCAUCGUCUGGACAAUUCCAUGCUGCUGGUAUCCAUUAAAAUGCACAUGCUCAGCGGUGAUAUACUCUUCAAGGCACCCACGCCGAACUUGAAGAGCAAACAGAAACCUUCUACAGAUGAUCUGGCCACCGCGUCGACGGGUGUCGGCCUGCAGACGCCCACCGCCACAGCGUUGCCCAGCAUUGGCAGCGGUGUAGGCAGUGGCGCGUCCAGCGUGAGCGGCGGCAGUCAAGGCAUACCCGUUAGUGUCGGUGGCGCUACGCUGGGUGGUGGACUCAAUAGUGCGACCAGCACGCGUCCUGUCUCCACUGUGCGGGAUGAUGAUUUGGACCCACAAGUAGUGAUCGCUUCGAUUGUGACGGACUCCGGCUUGUCGGAAUCUUCCGAGUCGGCUACUACACUCACCACAGAAGCGUUGCUCUUGCAACAGCAGCAGCAGCUGCAACAACAACAAUUUAUCGCUUAUCCACCGCAAAAUACGUUAGGCUCAACGACAACAACCACAACUGUCGUGACAUUGACGAAUGCACAACAAAUGCAACCGUACGCUGGCAGCGGCGUGGGCGGCAUCGGCGUUGUGACCACUAUGGGCAUUGUGGGUAGCAACAAUUGUGGCACGACCAGCGUGAAUAUUGGUGGUGGAGGCCUGGGAGGCACAACUGGAACGUCGUCGAUUAUGGAAAUGGGCCACUCGCGUAAUUCCAGCAACACUAGUCAAAUGUCGAAGGGUUCGGGUUAUAGCAGUUUUUCGCACAGUCAACAUUCGAGGCAAAGUUCUGAAGGCGAUUCAGGGCAUGCAAGAUUCAGCAAAUCCGUUUCUCUACUUAAUAGACUCAAUCAGAAAACCGCCAACGCCAUGAAGCUAAAUAUACCAGCAUUGAACCAUCAUCAACAGCCAACGGAGACUAUCUGCGAGUAUGAAUGCGAAGAGCUGCUCUUUCAAACGCCGAACUCAACCAUACGCGAUGAGGAGUUCCGCACGCCACUCAACGAAAUGCCACCCACAGUCAAUAGCUCUCUAUCCAUUUAUGGUGAAAAGUUUACGCCCUCGCCCACAUACCGCAGCGUGGCAAGCAACAGUCGCAGCGGUUCGCGUGCCUCACAAAUCUACGAAAGCGGCAGCGCUAGCGGUGGUAGUGGCAGUGCCAGUGGCAGCGGUAGCGGUGAAUCGGGCUCAGAAGAGACGGCGGACGACUCAGGUUUGGAUGAGAAUUUCCAUACGCCGCGCGUUGCCAAAAUCAAGUCGAUGGAAAAUCUCUCAAUCAUCGAAAUGGAGUUCCAUCGUGCCUCACAGGAGCUGGAUCGCAAUUCGCCGCGUCGCCUCAAGUUGUUGGCCGAACAUGGCGGUCACAUACCGAAAAUACGUUCGCUUAGCAAUUUAUGUUUCGACGAUUACAGUGAGGAGCAAGUCCGCGAAGAACUCUUGCGCAUAAGGGAGCGCGCGCUGGAAGAGAAGCAUCGCUUCAAUUUGCAGCAACGCAAAAACUCCACCUCUUCGACGAAUUCGGGCAAAUUGUUUAUGAAGAACAAAGUGGGUAAUGCCAAGUUCAUUGGCAACGAUGAUAGCCCACUGCCGCAACCGCAAAAUCAUCAGCAACCGCCCUUAUUUCUGCAACGUGGCACACAUUAUCCCAUACAGAAGAUGCGUUCGAUGGGCACAAUACCGGAUUUGGUGACGGAACGCGUCGAACCGGACCCAUUUCUCACGCCGACUUCGGGUCGCAAGCCGAAUUUCCCGCUGGUAACACAGUCGGCUGAGAAACCCUCACCGCCGUCGUUCGUGGCGCGCAUACUCAACUACGAUGUCGUGGAUUCGCCGUCAACCAAUAGCCAUAAUCAGUUGCAGCAACAGCCGCUGCAACAUCACACACAUGGCUCACUAACCGAGCUCUAUACGCAUGAUCGUGUGAGUAAGCUGUUGUCGAAUGAUCCGGCCACUGCGCUGUCUUUCAUGUCGCGUACGCCCUUCGAGCGCGCCUAUCGACGCACCAUGUUGAAGAGUUCAACACCAAUGCGUCAGGGGCACGGCUAUACACAGUACACUACCACGUUGGAGGAGCAGGAGUUGCAUCAGGCAGUCGUACAACAACAGUACAUGUUAGGUCAUCAGGAGCCGCAUCUAACGCGUCCGCAUUCAACGAAUGCCGCCUACGAGUUAAUGAGGAACCCCAGUUCCGGGUCGUUAGUCAUAAGUGAAACAGGAUCUCUAGAUCGUAUGAAGAAUGCGGCUGAGAAGCGCAAGAAGGGACCACUGGACGAUGGUCCACGUGUAUCGGAUCGUGUCGAGGAGACGCGUGUCAAUCCCGAUUCGCUAAUCGAUGAAAUACUGAAGGAUACCAAAUUGGAUCAGUUAGCCGAAUCGGCGGAGACAUCCGGCCUGCAGCUGUAUAUAGCACGUGAUGGCACCGCCUCGUUGGGUAGUCAUGAGGUGAAGGCGCGUGUGCCGACUGGCGCUUUCAAGCAGGUGGUCAUGAAGAAUCCAAGAUAGUAGCGUAAAUUGUAAGAUACGUAAGCAGUAGCAGUAGCAAGCAGCAAGAAGACUACAAACUACACUUUAAACUACUAGAACAACAGCAACAUAUACAUACACCGUCACAGGUGUGUAACGCCAAGGAAGCGUAGUGCAAAGGAAUUUUGAAACCCAACCAACAACAGCAGUAUAGCAACAGCAUUAACUCCAACAACAACAACUACUACUACAAGCUGCAAAAGAACCCAUAUACAUACACACACAUAUAAAUAUAUGAUAAAUAAUAAUUAAAAUAAAAUGCAAAACUAAUAAUAAAUAUAAAAUUAUUUAUAGCAUAAAUAAAUAUAAUACAUACAUACAUAAUUUAAAUGCUAAAGCUAAAUUGUGACUGUAAAUGUGAAUUGUAAGCCAGCAAAACCAGCAACAAAAAAUACAAGCAAAACAAAACAGCAAGUGUAUGCGAAAGCAAGCAAAAGUAAACUAAAGAACUAGCAAACUAAACAACAACAGCAAAAAAAAAGCAAAAACAAAAUUAAGCAUUAAACAUACAUAAAUACCGCAUCUCAACAAUCAACAUACAUACAUACAUAAAUCCUAAAACUCAAGUCAUUAAACCAUCACUCACCUAAACCAUCUACUCAACUCAAGUCAUUAUCACUCAGCUAAAAUUCGAAGUUAGCAAACGCGCUUUUAACUUUCAAGCUGGUAACAAUUUCAAGCAAGCUUUCGUGAUUGUCAAGCAAAUCAGACGCGUUCAAUUUUAAAAUAUCGAAAAAAUUCAUAACAUACAUACAACAUAACCACAAAACUCUCCAAAUCAGCUACAAUUCAAAGUCAGCGAAAGCGCUACGGCACAAUACAUAAUACUAAGCUUUCGGCAACAUUCAUAAGAGUGAGUAAUUUGUAUAUAUUUUGUUGUUUUAACACACAGUAGACUCAGACAUUGUGGCGCUGGUUAGGAAAAGCUUACAUAAGUAUAUAUUCGAUCGGUAGGCGAGUUAAAUCGUAGCAGAAAAACAGUUUUGAAAUUAAUUUUGUACUUCAUUAUAUAAUACAUACAAGUUUUUAAGCCUAAUUAUGAAGUUCGGAGCUGUCAAAUUUCAAAAGCUUUUGAAAGUUAACUCAAAUCUGUCGAAGAAUUUUGAGUAAAGUUCAAAAGCUUUCGAAAGUUAACUCAAAUCUAUCGAAGAAUAUUGAGUAAGCUUUUUGUAGGCAACGACAAUAGCAGUAUUUGAGCACACUGGCUGCAAAACGGCCUAUGAGCUUUCAUGUGAAGCUUUUUUUAUAUGAAAGAGGUUUCUUCUCAUUGCCUGUCAAGCGACGCAAGUACUUUAUAAAAAUUGCAAUUCAUAAUUCAUAAAGAUUAACUGCAGAGAAAUGUUUGUAAAAAAGUUUUCCAAAGCUUUAAGAAAUUGGUUUCACCUCACAGUCAGAGACGAUUAAAAUCAAUUUCUUAGUUAUGAAACAAAGCAUUUUCUAUUCGCCAGACUGUCGAUUUGCUCGAACGGACCCGUAGGUCCAAAGCUCAAAGCAGUUGCUAUCAGAAAGCUGCUCACAGUCACGCAACAAUUUAAAUCAAUCUCUUAGGAAAGAAGCAAAGCAAUUUUCCAUUUUGUAUACAGUCAGUUCUUCGGAGCACAAACGGACUUGUAAAACUCUCAACUCUACAAUAUUCUCCAAACACUGUUUGGUUAAUAUUUUUUGCCACUACUAAAACAACAAAAACUCACUAUCUUUCUGUAGGAAAAAAGCGAAUAAUUCUAUCAUUCCCACAACAGCCGGUUCUCCGUACCGGAAUGACUCGGAUUUUAUCCAACCAAGAGCUGUUAGUUCAGCAGUCUAAGCUUGCAUACAGUAGUGAAUACUGCUCGAGUAUUUUUUUGGAAAGUAUAACUGUAAAUCAGAGCAGUUUAGGGAAACAUUAGAUUGCUAAUAAAUAUAAUAAGAAUAUUUUACAGAAAGAAAGUUGUCAUAAAGAAGUGGCUCCGCCAUUUGUACUGAUCGACAAUCGAAAUUCAUUAAAUGUCUUGGAAUAUCAUUUCUAAUAGCCAGCAAAAGCUAGGCAGGCAAUGAGAAAGCUCUGAGUGAAGAAAGCUGCACAUAACCUCACUUUUUGUUCUAAAAAUAUAUAAAAACUGCAAAAUACUUGGGUAGCGGUUAUUUUUAAUAUUUGCUGUGAAUUUUGUGCUAAAAGUGGUAGUUUUCGUGAAGUUUUUUUAGGAAAAAAGAUUUAAAAAAAUUGUAUAAAAAAUGUUUCAAAUUCUACUUUAUUAAAAAUGUUUAAUUUUAGUUUAAACAAUUAGUAUACAAAAUUUUAUUGUUUAAAAUAAAUAUUUUAUUGUUAAAAAAAUUUCAAAAUCCACUCGUAAGUCAAAUUUUUGCAGUGUUGCCACAGUAUGCUGACACAAAAUGAAACUAACAAAUAAAUAUUUCAAAAAUAUCGCAAAUCGGACAAGACUACACAACAAAUGUGUAUACACAAAAAUAAAUAUCGCGUUGUUAUUAAUUAGCAAAUGUUUGGCAAGCACUUAAAAAUAAAUAAAUUAGUUAAAUGAAAUGCUAAAUUCAAAAAUUGAAAUAAAAAAUAUUACAAAAAAAAAAAAUAUUAGUAACGCAACUAUUUGAAAAAGAGUACAACUUACAGCUUAAAAUUUAAACGUUCUUGUUCCGCAUGAUCGUUAGGAUCAAUUUGUAUGCUGUUACAUUAAAUAGCGUCAAAUUAACUUUGCAUAGGCAUACAAGGCAUAACUGCUGCGCUUAGGGAAAUUUAAUAAGCAAAUAAUUAUAAUAGAAUAAUGCAGUAAACAUAAUAAGCAAAACACAAAUAAUUUCUUUGCGGUUUAGGGACAUUAAACAACAACAACAAGUCCACUUCAGUUUUUUUUUUGUUUGUCGCCAUGCGCAUGUGCCAUUAGUUUGCUACUCAAAACACUUUUUAUACUGUUUGAUUUGUAGUUUUUUGGUUAUUUUUUUAUUUAUUUAACACUUUUUAUUGUAGUUAUAGUUGUUGUGCUUUUACCUUUUUGUAUUAAAAAUAAUAUUUUUUUAUAUUUUUUAUUAUACUUACAUUUCAUUUUUAAUGCUAUUUCUUAAUACUUAUAUAUUAUUAUUUUGUUUAUAUAUUUGUUUUGUACUUUCUUUUUAAGGAUUUGUCUUUAUUUGUACUUUCUUUUCAAUUCAAUAUACAGUCGGUCGCUUAAGUAUGUAUACAGCGAAUUAUUAAGGGCUUUCUGAAGGCAUAGAAAAUGUUGCUAAACAUUUUUUAAAAUAAUUAAUAAAAUAUUUGAAACUAUUAAGCUUAUUAAAGGCAUACAAAAUUAUGCUAAACUUUACAGCCAAAUUAAAAAAAAAAUAACAUUUAAAUAUUUUUGUGGUUUUCAAGCUCUCUAAUAUUUAUUUGUAUGCCUACUUUACUAUCUGACUGUAUUAAUAAUAUUAAAAAUUUUGUAAUUUGUAACUCACAAGCUUAUUAAUUCUAAAUUUUAACGUAAAAAAUAAUUUUUAACUAAUUUUCAAAACCAAAAAAUUAAAAAAAUUCAAUCUUCAAUAUUAAAUACAGUCUGUCACUUAAGGUUUUGUACUGAAAAAUUAUUUUAUGGCUUUUGAGCUAUAAAAAUUUUUGUUAUAUUAUUUUUAACAAUAUCCAAAUAUUUUUUGUGGCUUUAAAGCUAUCUAAUAUUUGAAUGUAUGCUUACUUUAGUGCCUGACUGUAUCAAUAGUGUAUAAAAUAUUAUAAAAUUCCAAUUUCCAGCUUAAGAAAGCAAAUUUUGAAAGUCGAGAAAUAUUUUCGAUCCAAAAAAAAUCUAAAUCUCAAUUGAAGUUACAAAAUUUUGAAAAGAAAAAAAAACAAAAUUAUAAUUUCCAAAGUUAUCGAUAGGAUUAUUAUGUAUUCUAAAAGCUGUAGAAAUUUGAUUAAAAAAAUCCAUCGAUCGGUUUUCGAGUUAUAUGUGUCACCAGUUCAAAAUAUAGUUUUGAGAGAAACGCAUUUGAAGUUUCACACUUGCGUUUUGGAGUGCCCGAGCGCUCUUUGUUAUUUGUCAUAUAACUCGAAAAGUAAUUAUCGGAUCAACUUCAAAUUUUCAGGGAACAUUUUUAAGAUAAUUUCACUUAACGAAAAUGCAAAAACAAAAAAAUUGAUUUUUUGAAAAUCCUGACUACCCCUAACCCCUUAAGUUAAUUUUUUAAUUCAUCUCUGUAAACUUCAUAUUUUUGCUUUAAAUUUGUUUUAUUAAGCUUUAGCGAGUUGUUUUUAUAAUAAUUAAAAAAAAUAUUUAAAAUACUUUACCGUUUUAACGGUAUACUCCGUUAUUUAUGCAAUAUUAUUUCACCUUUUCCAACAAUUUCUUGCACCCACCCACCUAUACAACCUUACUUACUCGCCCACAACUGUCUUUUUGUUUUUAUACCAACCAAAACUCAACCCGAUUAUACCAUACAUACAGAUAGUAUACUUGCGCCUUCUUUUCGUAUAACUACUACUGGUUCACUUGUUGCGGUUUACUUUUAACUACCUACUUCUACUAGUAUAUAUGUAUGUAUAUGUAUUGCGUACGAUUUGAACUAUUUAAACAAAAGGGUAUAUAAACUCAUAUACAAAUAUAGAUAUAUAUAUAUUUACAUAUGUAUUAAUCCUGCCUAGUUCUUAAAAACAAAUACAAAAAACACAAAUUAAAAAAAACAAAAAAAAAAUGUGCGUGUUUAACUGUGUAAAUUAUAAUGAUUGUGUUUAGUUAAUAUUUCUGCUCUUCGAUAAAAUAUAUAAUUAUAAUUAUAAUAAAAAUAUAACUGCAUAAUUAUAAAUAAUAAUUAAAAAGCAUAUAUAAGUAAAUUGUUUGAAUAAAAAUUAAAUUAAUUAAUUAAUUGAUGGAAAACGAAAAAUACACAUUAUUUAGCCUAAAAAAUAUCAAUUAUAAUAUAUUUAGUUGUUAGACGUAGUUAGCCUUUUAAAAUACAUACAUACAUAAAUACAUAUAAUAAUAAUUAAAUAUUAAAUAAUUAUUAUAAUAAUUAAAUAUAAUUUAAAUUACAUUAAUGAAAUUUGAGAAAUAAAAAAAAAGUUUGUGAGUAAAUAAAUAUGUAUGAAAAGUUAAAUUAAUAAAAGCAAAUUAUAAAUUAAAUUAACAUAAAUAAUUUAAUUAAUUAAUUGAAUGACACUUGCAAAUUUGUUUACAAAUGCAACAAAAACCAAAAUAAUUGCAUAUAAUAAAUUUCAGCAAAAGAUAAUAAUAAUUUGUAUAAAAAGCAUUGUGUAAGCAAGCAAAAUUUUUAAGCAUACAUACACACAACUAAAAUUCUUUGUUGUAAUAUUUGCUUUAAAAACGCGCUCAUUACUCACACUCCCCAUCAGCCAUCAGUCAAACUUAACCCAUCAAACGCCUUCACUUCCAACAAUUAAAUUUGACUCAAAGCAUUUUUCAAUCCACAAAUAUUUCUUUUUCAUUAAUUAAUUAAUAAAACGCGCUUCAAUUUUAUUAAAUUUAUUAUGUAAACUGCGUUUUUUUGCAUAAUUGCUAUUUAUUUUUUAAUUAACGAAUUUUACACAUUCUCUUCAGUAUUUUAAAGCAGUUGCUAAAUGUGGUCAUUUGUAGUCAAUAAAAACAAAAAUUAUGUGAAAUUUAA